AUGUCGCGCUUACGAAUAGGAUAUGUGGGUCCAGAUAAGAAAUGGGAAUCUUUAAAAUGGAACAAAUUCGUCGAAUAUGCGUCAGAAAGGAAUGUUGAUGUUGUCCAUAUAAAUUUAGAUCAAGAUUUUGAUAAACAAGGCAAAUUUGAUAUCAUUAUUCAUAAGGUCACAUACUUAAUGAACUCUCCAUAUCCAGAAGAGAAUCCAAAAAUCAAAAAUUUAUAUGAAUUUUCCAAAAAGCAUCCAGAAGUUCUUUUAAUCGAUGAUUUGCAAAAUGUUGGUAAAACCCUAGAUAGAGAACUUCUUGAUCAGGCCAUCAGAUCAAUUCAAUGGCCUAAUGAUAUAAUAGUCAAAAUUCCGGAAGCAAAAAUGCUUGAAAAGUCUGAUAUUGAAUCAAUUGUAAACUCUUCUAAAGAUCUACAUUUCCUGUUCUAG